CCCUAGGCGGUAUAAAUAUCAGAGGCCUCGCAGUCGCUCAGCAGUGACGUGAGACGCAGCAGGCGGCGAGUACGUGUACGCCCUUGCUUCUUCCUCUUUCUCGACUCCAUCUUCGCGGUAGCGGCGGCGGCCACAGUACAGUUGCCGACAUGCAGCUCUUUGUCCGCGCCCAGGAGCUACACACCCUCGAGGUGACCGGCCAGGAAACGGUCGCCCAGAUCAAGGCUCAUGUAGCUUCUCUGGAGGGCAUCGCUCCAGAAGAUCAAGUCGUGCUCCUGGCAGGCACGCCCCUGGAGGAUGAGGCUACCCUGGGCCAGUGUGGGGUGGAGGCUCUGACCACUCUGGAAGUAGCCGGCCGCAUGCUUGGAGGUAAAGUCCAUGGUUCCCUGGCCCGUGCUGGGAAAGUAAGAGGUCAGACUCCCAAGGUGGCCAAACAGGAGAAAAAGAAGAAGAAGACUGGUCGGGCCAAGCGGCGGAUGCAGUACAACCGGCGUUUUGUCAAUGUCGUGCCCACCUUUGGCAAGAAGAAGGGCCCCAAUGCCAACUCUUAAGUUCUCUGUAACCUGGGCUUUCUCUAAUAAAGCCACUUAGCCGGUCA